UAGUUGGCUGCCUUUUAGCGCACGGAUCUGCUCAUUAAACAGACACACCAAGAAUUGUUACCUAAGGAAGCUUGACAGUCAAGAAAGGACAGGCAGAGUUAGGGAGGAAGAGAGGGAAGAAAGGAAGAAGGAAAAAAAAAACACGGAAGAGGAAAACGAGGAGGGGGGAAGCAGCCUGAAGCAAUCACUUCUCCCACAGGGGGGGAAGCGACUGAAACGUUGAACGAGUGUGUGCUAUCCUCAUAAUCAUACAAACAAACAGACUUGUAUCAGAAAAAGAAGAAAACUGUAAAGACUUGACAGAAAAAGGCAAGAUUUUUUUUAAACUACCCACUGGGCACAGUUCUUUCUUUCUCUCUCUUUUUUUCUCCUCUCUUUCCUUUCCGACAUACUUAGUCAAGUAAAGGAGACUUCCGUUUUUGCUGGCAGAGUCCUUGAUUUCCCCCCCUUCCAAGAUGAUGAUGUAUUUAUGGGGUAAUCAGGAAGCCACAGCACCUCCUGACACAAUGGCACAGCCUUACGCCUCGGCUCAGUUUGCUCCUCCUCAGAACGGCAUCCCCGCAGAGUACACCGCGCCCCACCCUCAUCCGACUCCCGACUACACAGGCCAAACCACAGUUCCAGAGCACACAUUAAAUAUGUACCCGCCUGCGCAGACGCACUCUGAACCAAACACAAGUGACACAAAUGCACAAACUGUGUCAGGCACAGCCACACAGACAGACGAUGCAGCACAGACCGACGGACAGCAACAGACACAAUCUUCUGAAAACACAGAAAACAAAUCACAGCCGAAACGGCUGCAUGUCUCAAAUAUACCCUUCAGAUUCCGGGAUCCAGAUCUCAGACAAAUGUUUGGGCAAUUUGGUAAAAUCUUAGAUGUUGAAAUUAUUUUUAAUGAGCGAGGCUCAAAGGGAUUUGGUUUCGUUACUUUCGAAAAUAGUGCUGAUGCCGAAAGGGCGAGGGAGAAAUUACACGGCACCGUGGUAGAGGGCCGUAAAAUCGAGGUAAAUAAUGCGACAGCUCGAGUCAUGACAAAUAAGAAAACAGUCAACCCUUAUACGAAUGGUUGGAAAUUAAAUCCAGUGGUGGGUGCUGUCUAUAGUCCAGAAUUCUAUGCAGGCAGGGUGCUGCUGUGCCAGGCAAACCAAGAGGGAUCUCCCAUGUACAGUGCCCCCAGUUCACUAGUAUACACGUCCACAAUGCCGGGUUUCCCAUACCCUGCUGCUACUGCUGCCGCCGCAUACAGAGGAGCACAUCUCAGAGGCAGAGGCCGCACCGUCUACAACACAUUUCGUGCCGCAGCACCCCCUCCUCCCAUCCCGGCUUAUGGCGGUGUUGUUUACCAGGAUGGAUUUUAUGGUGCAGACAUUUAUGGUGGUUAUGCUGCGUACCGGUAUGCCCAGCCUACCACAGCAACCGCAGCUGCCUACAGUGACAGUUACGGACGACUUUAUGCUGCAGACCCCUACCACCACACACUUGCUCCAGCAACCACCUACGGCGUUGGUGCCGUGAAUGCUUUUGCACCCUUGACUGAUGCCAAGACUAGGAGCCAUGCUGAUGAUGUCGGUCUCGUUCUUUCUUCAUUGCAGGCUAGUAUAUACCGAGGGGGAUACAGCCGUUUUGCUCCAUACUAAAUGACAAAACCCAUAAAAAACCCUUCCAAUGUGGGGGAAAAAAGGAAGCUUUCCGAGGCCUGGGUAUUGCAAUACUGCAUAGUGCAUCAUUUUAGCAACUCUAAAAAAAUAAAAUAAAAAUAAAAAGGAGGAAAAAAAAUCUACAUUUUUUUAUCUUAUACCUCAGAUAUUUUGUUCUGUGUAUUUUAAUAUUGUGGGUCUUUUCAUUUCCCGAACGUUGCAUAGUUCAAUUGCUGGCUGUAGAAGGUUAUUAUUAUUAAAUUAUAUUAUGA